CACUUCAACCUCCCCUACCGUACGUUACUUCCUUACUCUCACAUAAAUUAUCGCCCUGAUUUUUUCUCUCUUGCAAACAACUUUGUCUUUUUCAUUUUUUUGGUUCUCAAUGGACUCUUGCUCUCAGAACUUGCAGGGUCCUUGCCCUUCCUCUCCCGAUACUGAUACGCCGCGAGCAGCCAGCUCCGCCGUGCAACGCGCCCUCCGCCUCAUCCAAUUUGACCACUUUGAUUCUAAGGUUGAUGCUGCUAAGGAAAUCCGCCGCCUUACUAAAACUUCUCGGAGGUGUCGCCGACAGCUCGCUCAAGCUGUUCAACCGCUUGUUUCUAUGCUCCUAGUUCUUGACUCGCCCGAAUGCCACGAGUCCGCUCUCCUCGCUCUCCUCAAUCUCGCUGUCCAAGACGAGAAGAACAAGAAAAGCAUUGUUGAAUCUGGAGGCUUAGAACCGAUAAUUGGCUUUCUUCAGUCAGAGAAUUUAAACUUACAGGAGUAUGCAACAGCAUCUUUGCUUACUUUAUCUGCAUCUACCACUAAUAAGCCGAUUAUAAGUGCUUCAGGUGCAAUUCCUCUGCUUGUGGAAAUCCUCAGGGAUGGAAGUUCACAAGCCAAGUUUGAUGCUGUAAUGGCUCUUUGUAAUCUUUCAACACGCACAGAUAGUCUCAGCAUUGUUCUAGAAACCAAUCCAAUCCCUUCUCUAGUUUGUUUGCUGAAGACCUGUAAAAAAUCUUCAAAAAUGGCCGAAAAAUGUUGUGCUCUGAUAGAAUCUUUAGUGGGUUUUGAUGAGGGUAGAAUGGCAUUGACGUCUGAAGAAGGUGGAGUUCUGGCUGUUGUUGAAGUAUUAGAAAAUGGGUCUCUCCAAAGUCGAGAGCAUGCAGUUGGGGCAUUACUGACCAUGUGUCAGAGUGAUAGAGGCAAAUAUAGAGAACCAAUUCUCAGAGAAGGUGUGAUCCCUGGACUUCUCCAGCUUACCGUUCAAGGAACUCCCAAGUCUCAGAUUAAAGCACAAGCCCUGUUGCAGUUAUCGAGGGAUACUCCAUAUCCAAGAUCUGAGCUUCAGCCAGACGCAGUACAGAAUAUUGUGUGCAACAUUAUCUCCCAUAUAGAUGGAGAUGAUCAAUCGAGUAAAGCAAAGAAAAUGCUAGCUGAGAUGGUGCAAGUUAGUAUGGAACAGAGCUUGAGACAUUUACAGCAAAGGGCUAUGGUAUGCACUCCCAGUGAUCUGCCAAUUAGUAGCUGUACUUCUGAAGUUUCCCUAAAAUGAUUGUUUUGGCUAUCCAAAAUUUUCCGUUUUGUCUUUUUUUUUUUUUUUGUCAUGUGGGUUUUGUGAGAAAAUGUUUUCCUUUGUGAAAAAGCAAAGAGAAAAGGGUAGUGAAGAAUGCCAGUCCAGGCCGAAGCGUUGGUAUAGGUGACUGGUGGGUGUGAAUAAUCUGGAAGUUAUACGAGGUUGAAAUCACAGUUAUGUAGAUUGCAAAUCAAAACAAGUUGUCUUGUAAAGAAACUGUUGUGACAAAUAUUUAUAGUUGGUAAACCUUUCCUCUGUCUGAGAAAAGCUGUCAAAAUUUUCUGAUAAGGAAUUUCCAUUGUUA